UAUCUAUUUUCCCCUAUUCAGUGCUAAUGUUGUUGUUGUAACUUUAAUUAAAUUUGAAUUUUAUCUAUAACAUUUAGCUGUUACUGUUAAUCCCCUGAAAUCUGACACCAAGCUGCCGCUAAUCCACUGAAUCAGGCUAAUAGUGACUUUUAUUGAUUAUUAAUUUGAUUUCUCUUCUGUUUCUUGAUAGAACUGAGGGUGGACCAGUAGCAGUGUGAUCUAUAAUACGGCACCUUGAAUGUGAGACUGUCUGGUAUCCCUUUUAUUGGCCCUGCAUUACUGGUCGGAGACAUGGCUUCAGAUACGAUGACAGUGGCUGGUCUGGGUCGACCUUUUGAUCUCGGAAUGCUCUACAAUGCUUUAACGGAUAAGCAGGCAUGUGGUUUCACCUUGUGGGAUGAUAAAUUCUCCUGUAAAUUCUUUGGAGACUUCAUUCUGGACAGCAACCCUACAACAUUUGAAGAAGCAAUGAAGACCAUUGCAGAACUGCCAAGGAUCCUGAAGGAACAGGGUGAAAAUGCUGUUCCUAUAAAAGUUCGGCUGACGCCACUGAAGACAUUAGGGUAUGGAGGUGCAGAGCUGGUAAAAGACAUCAGCGUUGACUCACUAAGGAAGAUUGAAGAUACUCUGGAAGCUCUAAAGGAGAUGAAAGAGAGAUGCAAUGACUCUCUGGAUGAGGUGGUGGUGAAGCAUUUCCCACAAAUUAAAAAGUACCUACAAAACUUUCAGAAGUUGUGUAGUGAUAAAAUAUCUGACUUCCAACGAACUCUGAAAAGAGUGCUUCCCUCCAUUCGUGAAGGUAGAGCGGAUGAGAGCUCACUGAUCGACGUUUUUGAUGACCUAGACAAGUCACCAUACAAUCUGGGAAAUCUUAGCAAGUGCCUUGACUAUGUAGAGAGAGAAAUCAACAUCAUCAGGUCAUUUUUAGGGAGGAUGGAGGGAAUAAAGAUUGUUCAAAAUAAGUCAGAAUUAGAUAGAGCAGUACUUGCCACAGGUGUAAAUUAUGCAUUUUGCUUUGUUUUCACCGGUUUGAUAAAUGCUGACCUCAACCUUGAUGCAAUGGCCAGCGAAGACCCAUGGUAUUAUUUAGACGAUAUCUUGGAUCAUAUGAAAAAAGUAGAAGUCAUUUUCAUGGAUCUUUACAGAGCAUACAAGAACAGCACCCAGCUCUGUUUCCUUGUAGCAGCUAUACAACACCAGAAUUACAAAGGAGCCACCAUUUAUCAGUACAAGGAGGGCAGAAUGAUUACUGAUCAUUUUUCAAAGCCCGAGAUACGGGAUCCCAGAAUUAUAAAAAAGCGAAGUCAUUUUCUUUGGAAUUACUGUCAUCUCACUCUGGACCCAGACACUGCAAAUAACUACCUCACUCUAUCUGAAGACAACAAGAAGGCAACAUGUGGGACGUGGCAAACCUAUCCAGAUCACCCACAGAGAUUUGAUGGACAUACACAGGUUCUGUGCAAACAGCCACUGACUGGUCGCCACUAUUGGGAAGUAGAGUGGCGUGCUGGUUAUAUGCUGAGUAAUGUUGGCAUAGCUGUUGCAUACAAAGAAAUUGGAAGGAAGGGAAGAAUGGAUGAUUUAAAGUUUGGAUGUAACAAGAUAUCCUGGUAUUUUGGUGUGGAUAAAAGUGAAUCCUUUGUUCCUUUGAGAGACGCACUUUACAAAAUUGUGUCUAAAAUAAAACCCUUUAUCCCUUUUGUAGACAAAUUUUAUAAAAGGCUUGUAGCAUACCAUGAUAAUAAGGUGGGGAUGGUUUUUUCUCUUACUAGAUUGGGCAGAGUUGGUGUGUAUCUGGAUUGGCCUGCAGGCACUUUGUCCUUCUACGAUGCUUCCUCUAAUAGUGACAAACUUGUUCAUCUGUACACCUUUGAAACCAAAUUCUCAGAGUCUGUUUACCCAGGGUUUUACAUCAAUUCCAAUUAUGUUUUCUUGUGUCCAGCUAGUCAGAUGAUGGAAAACAUUUAGCAUACACCUGUUUACUGACAAAGAAGUAAAGCGCUCUGUAACAAAGACCAACUUGUAGAGGAAAGUCUCACCUUUGCUUUGUUGCUUCAGUGGUGAGGGAGAAGUGCUGAUUGAGCAUUGCUCGCACUUCCACCUCCAGCCAUUGGCCAACUCUAGGGUGACCGAGCAAUAAGGUGUGACGGACCUGUGUGCAAUGCAAAAACGAAGUAUGAUGAUAAGUGCUUUGAUACAGCUUCUUUGUCCAUGCUUUGCUGUCUCCUCACUGCUUGCUACACACCAAGGAGUGUCUAUGCUCCACAAAAACAGCAACAUGCUUUCUGUAUGACACACGGUGAUGACCUAGAUUUAAUUGGUCUGAUAUUUUGUGCCAUAUUUGUAAAUACUUAGUUGAGGAGAAAUGUAAUCUUUUUAAUCCUGACCUGGUUGAAUAAAAGAAAACCUGUCUGUGGA